AUGUUGAUGUUCUGGAGGAAGGCUGUUCUAGGUCAGGAACGUGUUGUUGAUGGUGGUGGUGGUUGGCUUUCACAAGGCAGAAAGAAGCCUAGGGACAGUCCUCUGUACGAGAGAUGGUACGAACUACGAGUUAGUGAAGCAGCAGCUAGAGGUUCGCCCCUCGGGAACUUUGAAGCGGCCUUUCUGUGGUCUGGUCCUUCCCAGUUUGGCGACAAGAUACCAACUUCUAGCGUAUCACCGGGCCUUAUUGCCAGGAAAGAUAUGGUAGCGUCUUGA